AUGCCGGCCUCUAGCUCAGAAAGAGAGGAAUCAACUGCCCGAAUUCCUGCCGAAGAAGAACGAGAAACCCAAAGUACUCGUCCUACUAACCAAACUCCUUCUCCUGAACAUGACCAGGAGGAGCCCGAAAGACUUGGCUCUCCAGGGCCUAACCCGUCAAACCCAAAAACGGCCUCUGAUGAAUCAAAUGAGGCCGAGAGCUCUUCUGCUGCUGGCAGUGGCUCAGACGAUCCAUCAACCACCUCUUCCGAGAUUAGGAGGCGUCUGGGCCCAUUGUCUGACCCUAGAUAUAUUCUGGCCGAGUCUGGUUGGCUAGGACGAAUUCAGCCAAGCAAGGUUGCGAAGAUCUUGGACAGGCGACAUGAGUGCGUCCAAGUUUACAGACUCCUUAUGGAAGGAUUCAGCAAGUCCGACGCUGAAAAGAGAGCGGACACACUGAAAAACGCCCCAACGUCCAAAGCGUUGGCGGAAAAGGCGGCCUCAAAGAAGAGGUCGGCCCCAGCCGGUGAGGUACCUCCUCCCAAAAAAUCCAAAGGCUUCACAGCCAAAAAGAAGAAACCUGCUCGGCCCCCUCCAAAGAUGGUAAUCAACAUCCCGGCCGAGGAUUCUCCUCCGGCCGGUGAGGCUACUGAAGAGAGGAGCCUGAUCCCCUAUUCUGCAGCCGAGCCGACUGAGCAACCAGAGGCCCUUGCUCAACUGGAUGUCUUCGAGCUGAAGCCGGACACUUCCGUGGACGGGUCAGCUUUUUCCGGGCCGGUUGCCAAGUUGGUAACACAGAUGCCGGAAGCUUAUAAGACGGCUUCCCUUUCUUCUGGUGAGUCCUAUUACUCAAACUUUGUUAGGACCUUGCGCGUUGGCGGACGGCCAAUGAGUCCCUCCAACCGUCAGACGGUCGUAAUACCCAUCAAAUGUACUGACCCGUCACCUCUUUCAGAUAAGGGAAAGGGCAAAGCUGAGGAGGCUCCAGCCGGCUCUCCCGUCCUCUCUGAUGACGAAGCCUCGGCCGCCUUUACGAGGAUGAGCCCGGCCAAAAGGGAGAAGCUCAAGCUGGAGCUCUUCAAAUGCUUCCCUGAACCUUACAUAAAGGGUUUAAGGGGAGCCUCUUCAGGGCAUGUUGGCUACAUGUCUCAGCUGGCUGCAGAGACGGGUAUUUGCACCGCGUCUCUUUCAGCCAAGAGGACUGCACUGACUGCGAAGGGUGAUACAGCCAGCAUUGGAAGUAAGACCAUAUCCCCGUCUCCUAGCUCUUUAAAGCCUAAGACAGUGCAAGCCUUGGUAUGUGUCCAAGAUUGGCGACGUGCAGAAGGUGAUAUUUGGAGCGACUCAGAGGUCGAUAUUACAGAGGACGAUGAGGCUUGCGAUGAUAUUGGUGAUGAUAUUGAUGAAACGAGUCUUUUUCUUUAA